AUGGACAAGAGACACCCGAGUUCGUUCCAGCAGCUGGAGAAGCUGGGCGAAGGUACCUAUGCGACAGUUUUCAAAGGUCGCAACCGCCAGACGGGCGAGUUUGUCGCACUGAAAGAGAUCCAUCUCGACUCCGAAGAAGGCACUCCGUCGACCGCCAUCCGCGAGAUCUCGCUCAUGAAGGAGCUCAAGCAUGAGAACAUCGUGUCGCUGCACGACGUGAUCCACACCGAGAACAAGCUCAUGCUCGUCUUUGAGUACAUGGACAAGGACCUGAAGAAGUACAUGGAUUCGCGCGGUGACAGAGGCCAGCUGGAUCCCGUGACGAUCAAGUCGUUCAUGUACCAGCUCCUGCGCGGCAUCGCCUUCUGCCACGAUAACCGCGUCCUGCACCGUGAUCUCAAGCCUCAGAACUUGCUCAUCAACAACAAGGGCCAGUUGAAGCUCGCCGAUUUCGGUCUUGCCCGCGCCUUCGGAAUCCCCGUCAACACCUUCUCUAAUGAGGUCGUCACCCUGUGGUACCGUGCGCCCGAUGUUCUACUCGGCAGCCGCACCUACAACACCAGCAUCGAUAUCUGGUCCGCAGGCUGCAUCAUGGCAGAGAUGUACACUGGCCGCCCGCUCUUCCCCGGCACCACCAACGAGGAUCAGCUGCAGCGCAUCUUCCGUCUGAUGGGCACCCCUUCGGAGCGCUCGUGGCCUGGCAUUAGCCAAUUUCCAGAGUACAAGCCCAACUUCCACGUCUAUGCGACUCAGGAUCUGCGUCUCAUCCUCCCCCAGAUUGAUUCGCUUGGCCUCAGCCUUCUGAGCAGCAUGCUGCAAUUACGCCCGGAGAUGCGCAUCAGCGCAGCACAGGCUCUGCAGCAUCCAUGGUUCAACGACAUUGCCCAGGCACGUCAGCAGCAGCAGCUGAAUGCCCAGCAGAUUGCAGCACAGCAGCAGGCUCAGCAGGCACAGAUGGGUGGUGGUUAUUCGAUGGCGCAAGGUGCUUACUAG